CUAUGAUCCAAAUCUCAAGUGUCGGCCGUCUAAUUUCCUGUUAUUUUUGUCAUAAAUGGAAAAUUAAUUCUAUUUACAAAAUUACAUUCAUUGCAACAAAUGAAUAAAACAUUCAAACAAGACUUUGGUUUUUUUCAUACUGUAUUUGGUAGAAAAAUAAUAGUUUAAGAAUUGAGAUUCAUAAUAUCAUGUGUUAUUGAUCAUUAGAUUAAUUUUACUACCGGAAAGGUAGAAUAAAAACUUAAAGAUAGGCAUAUCAAUUAUGAAGCAUCAAUACCCAACAAACAAGAUGAGCCAACUGGGCAACAUAUGCUAGAAAUUAUGGAAAAAGCAAGCUUGGGUGCACAUGGUUUAUAGAUUUUUUCAUCAUAUUUAAUAACUUUCCUUCUUAGAGCAUUGCCACUUAUUAAUUAUAAUCAACUAUGGAGUUUUCAUUUAUGUUUACAUGUCAUUGCCAUGGGUAUAAGUGAAUAAAAGUGCUUAACAAAAGUAUGAAUUGAGGUCCACAAACCAAAGGCAUGGAAAAAGAUUUGAGUCUAAUUCAACAAAGACCAAGUCAAUAGCUGUUUCCCCCUUGUACAGGCCUCUUGUUUUUCCAGUCUGGAAAAUCAAAUCCAAGAAUGAUUGCUGACAAGCUUGAAGUUGAAGCAGAUUCUGAUUAUUUCAUGGGACCAGAAACGAUGUCAACUACGAUCGAAUCAUCUUUUGAAAAUCAGGGUGGCAGAAACAGAGAAAGAACAGAAGCAGAGAAGAAAAUGAAGAAGUUGAGAUCAAUCAAGGUCUCAAGGCUGCCAUCAACAAGAAAGGGAAGGUCUUCAUCCAAUCAAUUUCGUGCCAAGUUAUCAGGAUAUGCAGCGAGCUCGGAACACUCUACUGCAUUCGACAUAUCUGAUUCAUCACCAAAUCUUAUAAACGCCACAAGCUCUUCUGAUGCAAAGGAGGAGAAUUUUCAGGUAUUACCGGUAACAUUGAAAACGCAAUCUAGUUUUAAGCUUCUAAGAAGUGUAACAAGAAAGUCCAGCAUGAAAUUCAGAAGGCCCCAGCUGAAGAAAUCUUCUGGAGGAACUGACUUGAAGAAGAAACUGAAGAAACCAUCUAGGAGAGAGGUAAUUUCCAUAGAUGAUCAGCAUUCUAUCAUUCCAUCCAGCGAGGUAGAUUCGUCACCUCAUUACUUGAAGGCAACGAGUUCUUCUGAUAUGAAGAAGGAGCAGUUACAGGCAAGCCCACGUCAUUCUGAAUCUAGUUUUGAUAGCAGUGAGCAGGAUAAGAAAAUUUCAACAAAUGAGAAACAAAAGUUAGCUUAUCCUGGUGACAAAUCCACUGGAGUUCUAAGAACAUCUAUAUUGGGACCUACGAGGAUCUUAACUAAAAUGGCAAGUUUGAAAUCGAUGAGGACAAAGAAAUGCUCUGAAAUUUCUUCCAUUUCAGACUCAAGCAUAGAGAGAGCUACCUGUUCCUCGACUCUCAAAGAUUCCAAAUUUCCAGACCAUGUAGAGAUUAAACCAGGAGGAAGUGAAUCUGAUGGAACUGCAAUCUCGAAUGUCUGCCGAUAUAGUUAUUGCUCUCUUCAUGGCCAUCACCAUGGUAAUAAACUUCCAUUGAAGAGGUUUGUAUCGAUGAGGCGGCGAGUGGCAAAGAGCCAGAAGAGCUUGAAACCAGACUGUCAAUCCUCUGGUAAAGCAACGCAUUCUGGUAAUAGAAAGAAAGGACACCAAACAGAGAAAAGAGUCUCUAAUGGAGAUUUUGGAUUUGCAGUUCAACAAACUAUGGAUUUCAGAAAGAUCCCUUCAGUCUCAGUAAAUGAGGGCAGUGAUUCUGUAAAUUUGGCCGAGAAUGCGCCCAGUGAAUCAUCAUAUCCAAAUCCUAGUCAUGAAGAGAAUCUGCACCAUAGCAAUAACCCGCUUCGAGUAGAAGAGCAGAUUCCAGGGACAUUUCAAUUAUUCAAGGACAGAAGUGUGGAUUGCAGUGGGAUUGGAGCAGAACAGCAUAAAGCAAUUUCUGAUACCGCCGGUGCCAAGAUCAACAUAGAAGAAAUUGUAAAAAUCAACCCUCAUAAUGGAGAUCAAAAGUCCAUUCACAUUGUUGGCCAUUCCAAGUGUGGAGAUGUUAGUUCACAGGAGUUUGGAGAACCAAGACAGUUUGACAAACUGUCCUUGAAGCCUGACAAAACUAAAAGCUCCUUUAAUGAAAGGGUUCCAGUGGAUGAAGAAGCUCACAGAGGUGUUAAUGAAGAACCAACUUCAGCUAUUGGAGAGAAGAAUGAAGAUUCUAAUCUAGAUCAUGGGAUCCUUCAAACUGCAGAUUCUAUGGCUGCUAGUAGUGCUGAUGCAGCACGCAAAGCAGAGACGGAAAAUCAAAAGAAUUUCAUAUUUUGGAAAUUGAUAUAUCAACAUAUGGUUACAGGUCUUGUUACUGAACCUGAAACUCAAAAACCUAUUCCUGGAGUGAAUUCAGAAGAACAAGUAGAAAAUCUGCAUAAUGCACGUGAAAAAAAUGACUCUCGUCAGGAAAUUUCAUGGACAGAUCAGGCUAUGAGCAUAGAAGAUCACGAAGCAAGCAACCGGCAACUUGAGUUCAGUCAAAGUGAUGCCACUAAGCUGGUACAGCAAGCAUUUGACAAGAUACUCUCUGAAAUUCCAGACCACUCAUCAGAUGAUCAAUCAAUUGCUGGUGAGAUAACUUCAAACCAGGAAUUCUUGUUAAGGAAGCAGGAUGAAGGCAAAGAAGUGAGCAUCUCAACUUCCUUCAAUUGCAUUGAAGACUGUGUGGUACAAGAUCGAGAAGAAAUGCAGCUUCAAACUGAAAACAAAAUUGCAUCCGAAGAAGAGAAAGUAGCCCAAAUGGAAGGAAAAAGGUCUGACAAGCAAAUGCCAAACAGCUGGAGCAAUCUGAAAAAAAUAAUGAUCCUCAACAGAUUUGUCAAGUCAUUACAAAAGGUGAGGAACUUAAAGCCAAGAACAAUCGGUAAUCUACCUGUAGACAAAGACCCAGAAGCAGAAAAGAUUCAAUUGAGGCAUCAAAAUAUGGAAGGGAGAAAAAAGGCUGAGGAAUGGAUGCUUGAUCAUGUACUUCGCCAAGUUAUUUCCACAUUGGCUCCAUCUCAAAAAAGAAAAGUAGCUUUGUUGGUUCAAGCUUUUGAAACAGUCAUCCCACUACCUGAAAAUAGGGAUGAUAUGAGGUCCAAUGCAGCAGUUUCUCCACCUAAAACUUCUGUUAAAGCCUACAGUGAGUCCUUGGAUCACAAUGGUGACAGCACAAAAAAUGAAAAUGGUUCUGAAAUAUUGCCAGGCAAAGCAUCGCACACUCAAAUGAGUUCCAGAGAUGAUCAAGACCAAGCCAGUGAAUCCCAUACAGCAUACCAGCAAAUCCAAAAAGCAUCUCCUGAGCCCCAAGAAACAAGUCUGCUCUGUGGCUGCACAGAACAAUCAUUGUCUACAGCAGGGUCUGAAAUGAGUGGUACAGACUUCAAGAAAGAAGAUACUGGUGCAAUCGAUGACAACAAUGGAAAGGAAGUUUUGUCUGUCAUGGAUGUUCACCCGAAGUUGGUUGAUCUCUCAUUGUCAGAACUUGAAGAACCCAGACUAUCUGACAAGUCCUUAAAUGAGGGUGCAGUAGGGACCUCUGAUGAGAAAUUCUUUCCAGUAAAUGAAGAAGUUAUUCAAAACAUCUCAAAGGAAGAAAUUUUAAUUCUCAAUUCAGAUAUCUGCAAUGAGGGUUCUGAAUUAAAUAUAGAGAUGGAUUUGGAGUCCUAUGACCCGAUCAAUUCAGCUGACCAGCACCCUGGUAAACCUGAAUGCCCAAAAGAAGUCGGUCCGCUAGAACAAUCUGUGUCCAAUUUUUCUGCUGAUAUUUCCAACUUGGAAAGACAAAAAUACAUGAGGCUUUGGUACUUAAUAUAUAAGCACAUGGUGUCAGGUACUGCCACAGAAAAUGGAUUUCAACCGCUUCAGAAUGUAGCAGACGACGAUGCCAGCAAACAUUCCAGAGAGAAUAAUGCUGAUUGCCAAGAUUAUUUUGUAGCGGGCCAGGAUAUGAUGGAGAAUCACACAACAGGCAGCCAAAAUAUUGAAUGGCACAACAAUGAGAUUAUAAAGAUGGUAGAAGAAGCAAUAGAUGAAAUACCUCUUCCAGAAAGUCGAGAUGACACAUCAGACAAUCAAUCAGUUACUGGUGAUGUAAUUCCGGAUCAAGAACUCCCAGAAAAGAAACAUGGUGAAGAAGAGGUAAAAUUCACCUCAAGUUCUACUGAUACUGCUAAAGAGAAUUCCGAAGAAGCAAAAGACAUAAGAGCAGAACUUUGUUCAACCAUGAAUUCCAAAGAGAAAAUACUGAAUUAUGAAAAUGUAAGCAUCCAAAAAGAAGCAAAAAGAGGAAGAGAGGAGGGAAAUAAAUCGAAGAAGAGAGUGCAAAGAAAUUGGAGCAACCUGAAAAAAUUAAUCCUGCUUAGGAGAUUUGUCAAGGCAUUGGAAAAGGUCAGAGAAUUUAACCCACGGGGCCCUCGAUACCUGCCCUUAGAUCCAUCUCCCGAAACCGAGAAAGUUCUCCUAAGGCAUCAAAACAUGGAAGACAGAAAAAAUUCUGAAGAAUGGAUGUUAGAUUAUGCACUUCAACAAGUGGUUGCCAGACUAACUCCAGAAAGGAAAAGGAGAGUGGAGCUGCUUGUAGAAGCUUUUGAAACGGUCAUUCCUACUCCAAGUUGGAGCCAUCAAAAACCCUUAUGCAGCAGCUUCUCCAGCAAAAGCCAAUCAACAUGCUAUUAGUCUACAAGGUAUGGCCAAAAGAAUGGCUAUUUCAUAUGGUCAAUUGGAAUGGCCCUGAAGCAUCAAUUUGUUAGGGAGAUGCAUCACAGCAGAAAAACAAUGGAAAUUGGAAUGAUCGUUGUUUAUUGUCCAUUUAGGAGAUAGCAAUGUAAAGGCUGAAAGUUGUAAUUUUGUGAAGGUUGUAAGUUGCAAGAUUUUUCUAAAACCUCAAAGCAUAUUUUAAGCAUGCAUAUGUUGGGAAAACUAGAAAAGAGUUAGAUCCUGUAUUCUUAGCAUUGCUCCACAGCAAACACAUUCGUAUGAAUUGGUAUGAAUAGACACCAUUCAUAUGAAAGGAAAAGCCAAAAUCAAACUGAAACCCAAGUAGACAACUAUUAUUAAUUGAACAAGUACAUGAAAACUUCUUCCUAGCAGUCCCAGAAUCUCUGCUAACAUGCUUAUUUCAGUGGUUGCUAGGAAACGAAUUGCCUGAAAUCUGCAGGAAAGAAAAAGGUGAACCUUGUUCUGCAUACAUAUGCUUCAAUUCUUUUGUAAAGCUAAUCAAACAGUGGCAAGCAAAGUACCCUAAUCCAGCAUUUGUGUGGCAUUAAUGGAGGAAGAAAAAGAAAAUGGAGAAUUUGCUUCAACCUAGUAGUUUAGUGAGCACAAUCCAGAAACUGUAGUCACAACCAUGGCGAUCCGAUUUUUAGUUUUCCCAUUUGAUAUCUUUGAG